AUGGCGGCUUUCCGCGACAUUGAGGAGGUGAGCCAGGGGCUGCUGAGUCUGCUGGGGACCAACCAUGCCCAGGCACAGCAGCGACGCCUCCUGGGACGCCACGAGCAGAUCCUGGAGCGGCUGCUGGAGAUUCAGGAUGGCGCCGAGCAGCAGCUGCGAGAGACGCUGGCCGAGGAGGAGAAGGUGGCCCAGAGCCUUCUGGAUGCCAAGGAGCGCGUGUGCCAGGGCGGUGCUGAGCUGCAGCGGCUGGAAGCCGAGCUCCAGAAGGCAGGGGAGGAGGACGCCAUCCUGCAGGCCAGGCUCACCCAGCUCAGCGGGGAGCUGCAGGACCUCAGGGAGCUGGAGGCCGAGCUCGACCGUCAGGAGAGGGAGGUGGACGAGGACACCACGGUCACCAUCCCUUCCGCCGUUCCACCACGGCCCCAGCGUGGCCCAGCCCAUCCACCUGGACAGCGCCCAGCUCUCCAAGCAGUUCAUCAGCGACUACCUCUGGAGCCUGGUGGACACCGAGUGGUAGCCGGGGGCAGCAGGGACCGUCCCGUCCAGCGGCGGGAGGCGGCUGUGGAGGGCAGCAAGUGGCCGGUGGUGGGAUCAGGUGUGACCCGUACGCACUGAGCGUGGCGGGAGGCUGAGGCAGGAGGAUCGCGGCGAGGGUGAGGACAGCCAGCGCCACUUACAAGACCCGGUCUCGAAAGGCAGGGGAAAGCUAGUAAUAAAAUUGUUUGUACGUAA